AUGUCACACCAAAGACAGCACUCAGGGGAGAAAUCAUUAAUAGGUUUGGAGUGUAGCAAGAACCCAAAGGUGAAGAUACACCAGUUUAACUAUGAAGCAGGACAUGCAGGGAAGAAACUUUUGAAAUGCUUGGAAUGUGGAAAGAGUUUCAGUGAGGAUAUAAGCCUUAUUCAUCACCAAAAAACUCACACAGGAGACAAGCCAUUUCCGUACUUGCAAUACAGAGAACGGUUCCGUCAGAAGUCAUACUUAACUCGUCAUCAAUUAAGUCUUACAGGGGAGAAACCUUUUAAAUGCAAAGAAUGUGGAAGGAGUUUCAGUCAAAAGAGUACCCUUGGUCAUCAUCAGUUAGAUCAUUCAGGGGAGAAAAUAUUUCAAUGCUUGGAGUGUGGAAAGACAUUUAGUCAGAAGGCUGACCUCUCACGUCACAAGACAACGCAUACAGGGGAGAAAGCGUUUCAGUGCUUCCAAUAUGAAAAGAUGUUCAGUCAGAAGGCACACCUCUCACGUCACGAGACGACGCAUACAGAUGGCAAAUGUGGAAGGAGC